CUUCUCGAUACGCCCCCAACGCUCACAGCACCGCACCACCACCUGCUCGGCUGCUCCCAGUUUUACGACUCUGCCCUCCCCGUGCCAGCGAAGCCAUGAAGCUGGAGGUCACGCCCAAGCAGAGGGUCCUGGAGGCGGACCAGAGGGAGGACGCCAUGGAGAUGAGCGGUCUGGACCUGUGGAAGCACGAGAAGCCCCCCAAGAUCUGCCCCUUACCGCCGCCGCCGCUGCCGCCGGCGGUGUGUGAAGAGGCGGCGCUCGUGCCGCCGCUCAACUUCGCCAUGGUCGACGACGGUAUCUUCCGCUCCGGCUUCCCUGAGACCGCCAACUUCCGGUUCUUGAAGUCCCUCAACCUCCGCUCCAUCGUGUACCUGUGCCCGGAGCCGUACCCGGAGACGAACACGGUGUUUCUUGAGAAGAACGAGAUCAAGCUCCACCAGUUCGGAAUCGAAGGGCGCAAGUCGGGUCCCCUUCCCGAGCCUACAUUGGAGACCUUAAAUGAGGGUACACGCCCGGGGGUCGAAUCCCGGACUGGCAAGGAACCAUUCGUCAACAUCCCCGAUGACAAAAUUCGAGAGGCGCUCAAAGUUGUCCUUGACCCAAGAAACCAACCAUUGCUUAUUCACUGCAAGAGAGGCAAGCAUCGAACUGGCUGCGUCGUCGGGUGCUUGAGGAAGCUGCAGAAAUGGUGCCUGUCUUCAGUUUUCGACGAGUACCAUCGCUUCGCCGCUUCGAAAGCGAGAAUUACUGACCAGAGGUUCAUGGAGCUGUUCGACGUCUCAAGCUUGAAGCACCUGACACCUUCACAAUGUUAACCAAGGCGCGCGAUCGCUCGAUCGCUCGAUCCUCCCAAGUCUAGUACAUCUCCCAGUCUAUCUCCCUGCGGCCACUCUACUGAAUCGAUUCAGCAGUGAAUAAUUUUGGAACCCGGUAGAAUCCAUGCGAUAGUGAUGAGACCAUUGCAGAAAAAUUGUGUUCGAGAGGUUUAGUUUCCCCUGCUUAGCGAACUGCGGAGCAUAAGAACCAGACAGUUGUGGUAGGAUUGCGAGAGGUUUUCACUUUUUUGGCAA